GAAAAGAAAUAAGAAUGGCUGUGACAAAGAUAACAGAAGACAUUGUAGUCAGACAAAGUCACGACAAAACUGACUCGGAAAACGGCACGGUUGAACCCAUCAAUAACAAUGAAAUUGAUUUUGAUGAUUUGCUUUCGUCAGCUGGAGAAUUUGGAAAGUACCAGCUUUUACUAUUCUUUGCAACAGCUCCUUUCUACGUAUUCGGAGUAUUUGCAUAUUUCACGCAAUUAUUUUUGACUGAAUCAUCUUCAGAUCACUGGUGCUGGAUACCAGAGCUAGAAAAUCUUACUGAUAUUGAAAGAAAAAAACUAGCAAUACCUUUAGAUUACAAUUCAAGGUAUGGAUAUUCACUUUGCAGCUCAUAUGAUGUUAACUGGACUGAAGUUUUAGCAACGGGAAGAAAGCCAGAUCGUACAUGGAGUACCGUACCAUGUCAAAAUGGAUGGGAGUUCAACAAAACUGAAAUUCCAUAUCCAACUAUUUCAAGUGAAUUGGGAUGGGUAUGUGAUAAAAACAGCAACCAGGCCACUGCGCAAUCUAUAUUUUUCUUAGGCUCAAUUGUCGGUGGUUUCGGUAUGGGAUGGGUAGCUGAUCGAUACGGAAGACUCCCAGCAAGCAUAGUCAGUAACAUUAUUGGAUGUAUUGGUGGUGUUAUCAGCAUAUUUGCGAGAAAUCUCAUAGAAUUCACCAUCUGCAGAUUUUUUACAGGCUUUGCAUACGACAAUUGUAUGAUGAUGGUAUACCUCCUCGUUCUGGAGUAUGUCGCACCGAAGUACAGGACAUUCAUGGCAAAUGCAUCAAUGGCAGUGUUCUAUUCUCCAGCAGUAACUGUUCUACCGUGGAUAGCUCUCGCUUCCGGACAUUGGAAGAUCUUAUCACUAGUCACAAGUCUACCGUUAGGUCUCGCUAUAUUUUCUCCAUUCUUUAUGCCUGAAAGCCCAAGGUGGCUACUUUCUAAAGGACGUGUCGAUGAAGCAAUAAAAAAGGUAUUAACUAUUGGACGAAUAAAUAAAAAAGAGAUUUCACCAAAACUUAUUGAGCAGUUCAAACUAUCCAUGUCAAAGGUAAAACAAGAAAAGAAGCAAAGUAUUUUGGAGUUGAUAAAAAAUCCGUUAUUACGAAGAAUUUUUAUAGGUACUUGUGUUUCAUAUAUAUGCUGUGCUUUGGUAUUCGAUGCUUUGGUUAGAAGUAUUGGAGCACUAGAAUUCGACUUCUUUAUAUCGUUUUCUGUGAUAAAUGUGACCGAACUCCCUUCAAUGCUAUUGGUCGCCUUUAUUAUGGACUGGAUGGGAAGACGGUGGUUGACGACAAUUUCAAUGGCCUUAAGUUGUAUAUUUACGAUUCUGAUAGUAUUUAUGACGAAUGGGUUAUUAUCAGUAGGAUGUGCUGUCAUAGCAAGAUUUAUGGUGAAUCUGGCAUAUGGAACUGCAACCCAAUGGUGUGCAGAAGUUUUACCUACAUCGGUCAGAGGGUCAGGUGUUGCGUUUGUGCAUAUUUGCGGUUUUAUUGGGACAUUGUUGUCAUCUCUGAUCGUUUACUUAGAUACUUACGUGUAUUGGCUACCUCUAGUCAUAGUAGGUGCUAUUGCUGGAUUAGGUGCAGUACUUGCGUUAAUGUUGCCAGAAACAGCGAAGAAAGAUUUGCCACAGACGUUCGAUGAAGCUGAGCAGUUGUACAAGUCUCAAAAGUUUUGGGAGAUGCCAUGUUUAUCGAAAAAAGUGACAGAAGAUCCCAAUGGAUACGACAAUAAUUGUUUUGAAAUGUGAAAACUGUGAUACAAUUUUUGUAAAAACCAGCUUUGAUAAAGUCAACAUGAACAAAUUACACCUUUGUAAGCAUGUAUUUAAAAAGAUAGUUUUUAAUUGUAAGUGAAAAUAUAACUAUUUUGUUUUAAUUUUUUACAUUUUAUUUUUAAU